UGGCUGCCACGCUGACGUACGAUCCGGAUAUGACAAUACUCCCAACCUAAAAGGAAAAGUCCCCCUCCGCACUCUGCUCCGUGGUCAUUUCUACCCGGGUCAUCCUCCGGCUGCCUGUGACGGAAUGCGCCUUGUUUCCUCACUGUUUUGCUAACCUUCGAACAAACAUCGACUCGCCCCUGUAAGUACAACAAAGACUUGUCAGGUCACCCGAGCAACAAACAUGCAAGUGCAGCGAGUCGUUCUUAACUCUCGGCCAGGCAACAACGGGGAGCCAAGUCCGGAAAAUUUCCGCCUGGAACAGAUACAUUUAACAUCCGACCUGGAAGAUGGACAAGUCCUCGUUCGGACGCUUUACCUGUCAGUCGACCCUUACAUGCGCUGCAGAAUGAAUGAAGACACCGGUGCUGGUUACCUGGCUUCGUGGAAGCUGUCUGAAUGCGUGGACGGUGGCGGUGUUGGCGUGGUUGAAAGCAGCCGCUGCAGCGCUCUCACCGAGGGAGACGUUGUCACUUCAUUCAACUGGCCGUGGCAGACCCAUGCAGUGAUGAUGGGAGGUGGCCUUCAGAUGGUUGAUCCACAGAUGGUUGAUGGCCAUCUUUCCUACUUUUUGGGAGCAGUUGGUAUGACGGGACUCACUGCGCUGUUAGGGGUCAGGGAGAAGGGCCGCGUGACCAAAGGGGCCAAUCAGACGAUGGUGGUCAGCGGUGCAGCCGGCGCCUGUGGCUCCCUAGCUGGACAGAUCGGCCGGCUGGACGGAUGUGCGAAGGUGGUUGGGAUUUGCGGUUCAGACGAGAAGUGCAAAGCUUUGGUGGAAGACCUGGGCUUCUCCGCAGCCAUCAACUAUCGCAGCGGCGACGUCUCGGCACGGCUCAAGGAGACCUGUCCCGCCGGCAUCGACGUCUACUUCGACAACGUAGGCGGCGCCACCAGCGACGCCGUCAUAGAGCAGAUGAACAAAGGAGGACACGUGAUCCUCUGCGGGCAGAUCUCGCAGUACAACAAGGAUGUGCCGUAUCCUCCCCCUCUGAGCGACAAGACGCAAGAAAUCCUGCAAAGUCGGAACAUCACCCGGGAGAGAUUCAUGGUGCUCAGCUACAUGAGUAAAGCAGAAGCUGCCCUCUUUGAGCUCAGCCAGUUGGUAAAAUCAGCUCAAAUCAAGGUGUUGGAAACGGUGGUGAACGGUAUAGAAAACAUGGGAGUUGCUUUUUGCUCCAUGAUGAAAGGCGGAAACGUCGGAAAGCAAAUAGUAAAAAUAUCCGAGUGAGGAAAGAUUCCAGCUAGAUAGAGCUUUUUAUCCACGUCCACUGUUGCCUUCUAUCGCCUGCAUUACUGUAACACGGACCUACUGAACUCUUGUAAGUUUGCAACAAAAAAUCCAGUGAGAAAAUAUUUUUUAACUCUUAUUUUCUAACUGUAUCCUUAAAACAUAAAACACAAUGCAAUUUCUGAGCCUUGGCGUGACCUGGAGCCAAUAAGCAAACGUGGGUCAAAUCAGUGAGAACCCACUAACUAUUGUGAACUCUUCUUAGUGUUCAGAGUGGAAAAAUGUUUAGAAUGCAUCACUUUCAAUAAAAAUAAUAAUAAAAAUUAAAAUUGCACUAACCUUCCAACCUAAUCACAAGAAAAGUAGAGCUAAAAAACUAUUGGAAAUUCAAUACAAUUAUUGCAUGUGAAACUGCUGAAAUCAGCAUUCAUAUGAUUUUACAUGCAAUAACCGUAUUAGACAUUUUGUGGAAGGCUCAAAGAGCCACUUCUGGCUCCGAUUGGAUCCCUUGAUCUUGAGAAAUUGUGCAAAAAGAAAUAGUUAAAGCACUAUGAAACCAAAAUAGUGAUCUUUGUGCUCCGUUAAAAGGCAACUACCAUUUAGAUUCUUUAAAGGCACUGGUCCUACAUAUUGAUCCAUCAAUUACGUGCCUCUAUCUUACUGUGAUCCGAUUGGACUACAUAGAAACGUUCGGACACAAAAGCCAUACCGUAAUGCACAUUUCUUUAUUCCACAACACUAUAAACCGAUAAUAAAAUAUAGUUAUCGUGGUUCUAAAUCGAGUUGUCACAAGAAAAAUAUGUGGCAGGUGUAAAAUUACCAUCCAUUCAUACACAAAGCAUCAGUGCUCCAACACAGGGGAGGGAUUGCGGUAGGGGGUCACACAAACACCAGCACGUUGGUUACAGUAUGUCCCCCUUUGCGUUGAUGCGGAGGCGGUGGAGUACAUGACGGCGUUUCCUCGCCGAGUCCGGUCGGCGUGCAUUCCAAACCGGGCACAUUCACGUUUAUUGUUGGUGUCGAGACACUUUUUGUUUUAGGGGAGAGG